AUGCCACAUUCUCAUCAUAGCCACUCGGGGCAAUUCUGCGGCCAUGCGAAGAACAAUCUUGAGGAGGUCAUCCAGGCUGCAAUAGCUAAAGGCUUCCACAGCUUUGCACUGACCGAACACAUCCCAAGGGCACUUGUGGACUUCUAUCCAGGAGAGGUACGUAGUCAUACCGAGGAAAGCCUAGUCAAGCUGUUCGACGAUUACUACACUGAGGCUGUACGGUUACGAAACGUCUAUUCGAACCAGAUACAGAUCUUGAUCGCCUUCGAAUCCGAAUGGAUACGACCGUCAUCGCUCGAUACCAUCCAAGGUAUUCUCGACAAGUACACCUUCGACUUCUUCAUGGGUUCCAUCCACCACACACAUACGAUUCCGAUUGACUUCGACCGCGCGAUGUACGAGCAAGCUCGAGAAAAGGCAGGUGGCACGGAUGAGAAGCUUUUCGAAGACUACUUCGAUGAGCAGUAUGACAUGCUCCAAGCACUUCGGCCGCCUGUUGUGGGCCACUUCGAUCUUAUACGCCUCUUGAGCGACCACAAAGAUACUGCAUUCGAAGGCAUGGAGGGGGUAUGGAAAAGGAUGAAGCGCAACCUGGAGUAUAUCGCUUCUUAUGGCGGGUUGCUGGAGUUCAACUCCGCAGGACUGCGCAAAGGCCUGGCUGAGCCAUACCCUUGCUUACCCAUUACGAAGAUGUUCUUGAGCAUAGGAGGUGGUUUCGUGCUUUCUGACGACAGUCAUGGUAUUGAGCAAAUUGGCACCAACUACCCACGUCUCUUGAAAUACAUUCAGAAGACCGGAGUCGAGAAGAUUCAUUUCGCUGCGAGAGGUUGUGGAGACCGGAUAGAUAGCCGCUUCCCCAGUGCAGGCUUCUCUACCAUUGCAAUGGCCGACCUGGCGGAAUUACCGUUUUGGUCGAAAUUGCCAUAGAAGGUCUUGUGAGCACCGCGACAGGCGCCACAGAUCCACUGCCGCUGACCACCGGAACCAAUCUCCGCGCAAUGGCAUUGCAAGAACUUCAACGGCUGUCUCAUCAGUGGCUGUAGCAUGCAUUGCAAGGCUGAUAGCUCAACGACGAUGCCCAUUGCUAAGGAGUCCUCGGAUGUUGACUUCCGUAUGGGAAAUCGAACUCGUGCAGAAUUUCAAAGACCUGGCGCUGCAAGCGCUCGCAUCAGCGAAGAUCGUGAUACCAGAACGCAUUGUUUGGACUCCGAACCACAGCUCAGGCUCUAAGUGGCAUGUUCAGGCUGCGUACCGUGAGCUGAUAAUUGCAG